CUCUUUAUCAUGUAGUUCCGAUCGCUUAAUUUGUCAUAAAUAAGUAAGAGGUUGUGCGACAUUUUUCGAUCCCUGGCAUCAAUGCGUCCUAUUGACAAUUGUAAUCCAACAUAUUGUUUCAAACAAAUGACCACAAUGGAUCGUGACGUCAUUGUAGAUACGUCAUAUUUACGAAAACAGAAAAAUGAGAGACCAUGCAAAUGUGGCAAUAAAGUCCCCUGGUGGCAAAACGAUCUUAGGCAAAACUUCCGCGGGGUGGCGAUAGCGAUUUUUUUAUUAUUCGGACUAUGCAUCCUCCUAUUCGCGUGGAAUAUUGUACUUUGGCGCGAACUGGACCAUCUUCAACAUCAAGUAUCUACCUUAUCAAACGAACUACAUCAAUACAAAGAAACGACGUCAUCAAAUCAUGGCGUCAGAGACAGGAACAGGUUGUCAAGACGACGCAGAGAAAGGAACCAUGACUGGAAUGAUCAGACCAACAAAAAUCGAGAUAUAUUUGUUGAAGACAAUGAUGACAAUGAAGAUGGAGAAAUCCAACACAGAAAGAAAAGAAGCAACGCGGAUGAAGGUAUGGAAAUUGGAAAGAUGCCGAUGCUUUCAAGAAUAAAAAGAAGAACUAAAGGAAAAAAGAGAGGCAGAAAAGGGCAGAGGAUAAAGAGACAUUUGAUGUUUCGUCCACCUUUAGUUCGUGGACGCCGCUUCUCGAAUCCACAGGCCACUGCAAUCCACGUCAGAAUCAAGGGAACAGAUCCAUAUCAAGGUAUAGUACCCGAUGAUGAAAUCAUUCAUUCCUGGGACACCAACACUAACAAUGGAGCCAUAGUCCAGGGAUUUGACGUUACAGAAAUCAACCUAGGAGAAGGGGAAGCUGGAGUUAGGGUUAUGAAAGACGGAAUUUACUUCAUAUACAGUCAGGUUGUAUUCAAAAUGAACAGGGGGUCAGAGGUCACUGAAAAGGUCAUGAUUGGGGUCACCGGCAACACAGAACUGGCAGCUUGUACAAAUUCUCUUCCGCGCUCUCAUAAUCCAGACGACUACAUUACGUGCUACUCCAGCGGGAUAGCGUUUCUUUCACGCGGAGAUAAAUUCAGAGUAAAAAUUUAUCCCCCAGGAAUGAAGGUAUUCAUGAAUCCGAGCCAUACAUACUUUGGUGCAUUCUUACUCGGUGAGAAAAAGCCCUAAUUUUGGUGGUAUGACAUCAUAAACUUUACAUUGCCGACAGAAGGAGAUUGAACUGAAUUGUGAUGUCAUAGUUAUUUGUUGUCAUUCAAAAUGACAACGACGCAAAACAGUUUGUUAAGCGCUGUUGUUAUAUUUUCUAAAGCCUCCAAACUAUAAAACUUUCUUUUACUUUGAGUACUUUACGGUGACGUUUUAUAUAUCUGUGUGUCAUAUUUUUAUGCUUUUCACCCCAAACAUUACUCUAUGUAACCGGCCACUGAUAUGUACAUUGCGUCAUGUCACUUUUAUUGUUUCAGAACAGUGGUUGUCUUCUGUGGCCCUCUUUCGGAGGCUUUUGGCACUUGACCCGCCCCCCCCC